GACCAAUGGAUCAAUAAUACAAAGUUUGAUUCCCAGCAUGGAAAAUCUCUCAACCCGAGCACGGUGUUGCAUUACAAUAAAGCUUUGCGAUAAUCUUUUGUCCACAGUACUCAGUCCACACACAUCUGAACAACAUCUCAGUUAUUUCAGGCUCUACAGAGCAACAUGGAGCAAAUCCUACCAACAUUCUCUCUGUUUUUUCUGGCACUACGUAUUAUAAAUGAUGAGUUAAUCUUCUCUGGUAAUACUGUUCUUUCAAACGUCGAAGCUCCAAGGCCUGAAGUCAUAGAAUUUAACAACACAAUCUACGCUACAUGCGAAGUAACUCCAGUUCCUGAUCUAUCACCUGGCCAGCCAAAGAUCUCCGGACAAGUUCUCUUCAAGCAGGUCUUCCCCAACGGCACUUUACAAGUGAUCGUAAACCUCGGCGGUUUGCCUGCCAUUGACCCUCAAGUCCGGGCCAUCCACAUCCAUCAGUACGGUGACCUCAGUCAAGGCUGCGUCAGUGCUGGCCCUCAUUACAAUCCACAGGGUGUUGACCAUCCAGGUCAUCCCGGAGACUUGGGCAACUUUGAAUCCGAGCACGGAAUUAUACGGCACAUUCUCAAGCUCUCAGAGGCCAGGCUGUUUGGGGGUCAAUCCAUACUGGGACGAGCUGUGGUGGUUCAUCAAAAGGAGGACGAUCUGGGAAUGGGGUUAGAUGAAGAAAGUAAACGUAGUGGGAAUGCUGGGAAAAGAAUUGCUGGAUGUGUCAUUGGUAUUAGCUCUCCGCGUUUGUGGCAGGCGGGUGCGGAGCUCUUACGGGAGGAAGUGAAGAAGGAGGGUGCUGAUAAUAGUACAAGAUGAGAAGUGGGGAACGUGAUGGAGAGGACACAUACAGAAGAUUUUUUGUAAUUAAUGAAAUAGGAUGAGAAUAAUUUACAACUGUGUAAAUCGUUUAUUCAUUUCUUUUUUAAAGUAUAGCUAGCCCAAAAAUAAAAUUUGUAUCAUUAUUUAUUCGUUAGUUUUUCAAAACCUGUAUUUGACUCUUUUAUCUGUGGAACACAAAAGAAGAUAGUACGAGAAAUGUUUUUAGAGGGGGACCGGUGUUGUUUGGUUACCAACAUUCCUCCAAAUAUGUUCUGUGUUCUGCAGAAGUCAUACAGGUUUGACAUGAGGGUGAAUAAAUUAUGAAAUAUGAUUCAUUUUUAACUACACCUUUAAUAAACACAAUAAAAAAAGUGAAAAUCAAUAUUUGUAUAAAUAUCAUAAUUUAUUUUACACAUUUGUUAAAAUCACCAUUAGCUAACUGUGUGUGAUCUGUAUAGAAUGGCAUCUGAGGAUUUUCACAAUAUAAGAUAAAUAAUAUUAAUUUCUAAAAGUCUAACAUUAACAGAGUAAUGUUUUUUUUUAUAAUUGCAUUUAAUUGAUUUUUAGUUUGUUUAUUGUAAAUAAAUCACUCAACAUCCUCUGUUAAUGAAAGAUGAUUGGGAAAACAAAUUGUGAGAAAUGUGAUAUAUUUCUUUAUAAAACUUUGAUUAGAUCUAUUGUAUUCACAACAAAAGCGUUGUAUUUUACUAUGAACAGCAUCUACAGCUUAAUAAAACUCUAAAAGUUUUUCACUGGCAA